AUGUUCCGGCAGAUACAAGUUCACGAGGAAGAUCAGCAGUUUCAAGGUAUCGUAUGGAGAGAUGAUUCAUCGAAACCCAUACAGAGUUACAGACUUUCAAUAGUGACAUAUGGAUUGAUCACCUCACCAUAUCAUGCCUUACGUGUCUUAAAACAAUUAGCACUGGAUGAGCAAGACAACUACCCAAUAGGAUCGAAGAUCUUAUUAAAUGACUUUUAUGUUGAUGAAGUCAUGACUGGUGGUGAUAAUCUAAGUGAAGUAUUACAUAAAAUUCAAGAACUUAUAGCAUAA